ACCGGACUCCUCCGAAGUAAUAAUCUGCUACAAACACCAGACGUCAUGUCCUCCUCGCCUUCGCUAUUUCUGACAUUUUCCAGAGGUUUGCUGCUCUACCAUCGAUGAUCCCGUAGGAGAAUCGAGAUUUGACUCCAAAACCAAGUCACACACCCGAAAAAGGAGCUUUUGUUGUUUUGAUGGCAUAUUGAGCUGAAGUGAGCAACUUUGCACUCAGACAAGAUGAGUGAAACUGCAUUCCAAAUAAUUUGUGGUAUUUUAUUUACCAUUUAUGUUACUGUCAUGAUUGUGAAGCUGAGCAAACGCUCAAUGCAUCGGGACAUCAGAGCACGAGAUGUGACGAAAGGCCAUCGCUGGUGUUACACCGGCAUGUUUCCGCGGCCUUCGUACUGUAAUAUCUGCGAAACCCUGAUCAUGGCGAGUGAUGGAGCCUUUUGUGACUCGUGUGGUGUGUGUUCAGACUCCCCUGAUUGUAUAUUCACUGCAGACAAAACUAUUCCUUGCAAGCCCAUCACCACCACAGUAACUACACACAAACACCAAUGGGUGAAAGGGAACUUACCGUUUAAUGCACAAUGUGAAGUGUGCGAGAAGGAGUGUGGAACAGAGCCAGAACUGAUAGAUUUAAGGUGCUGUUGGUGUCAGCGUUGUGCCCAUGAUGACUGCAUGAAAAAUUUGUCUGUGGUUUGUGAUUUGGGCAAGAGGAGUGAUUGUAUAGUGCCACCUAACUGUAUUACGCUUAAAUCGUCCAGAAUGCGAAAGCAGUUGCUCAUAAAAGAAGUCAUUAGACCUCGGAUUAGCAACUGGAGUCCAAUCAUUGUUGUCGGAAACCAAAAGUCAGGCAGCAGUGAGUGUUCCGUUAUUUUGUCAUCAUUCCGAAGGAUUUUAAAUCCCGCACAAGUCUUAGAUUUAGCCGAGCAUCCACCAGAGGAGGCCCUGGAGUGGUGUGACUUAGUUCCUUCAGAUGUAACUUGUCGGAUUAUCGUGGCAGGUGGAGAUGGGACUGUUGGAUGGGUCUUUAACGCCAUAUUUAAACUGAAGCUUAAGAGAGAGCCCCUUGUCGCUAUCUUGCCCCUCGGAACGGGAAAUGAUCUCUCUCGAGUCUUAGGAUUUGGCGAGGGUUACAGCGCUGAUGUGGAUGUGGAGGAUUACCUCGACCAGGUCUCCUCUGCUCAUCCUGCCAAGCUUGAUAGAUGGAAAGUCCGUUACUCUCCGAGUAGAAACCUUGGGAUAUUGAUGCCUGCAAGAGAGGUGUAUAUGAACAAUUACUUGAGCAUUGGGGUGGAUGCCCUCGUUACUUUAAACUUCCAUCGGGCCAGACAGUCUCCAUUCUACCUUUUUAGUAACAGACUAAUCAAUAAGAUGUUAUACUUCACAUUUGGUACCAAAGAUGUUCUGGAACACGAGUGCAAGAACUUAGAACAACGCCUUGAACUUUACAUGGACAAUAAGCCUGUAGAAUUACCGAACCUGGAAGCUGUUGUGGUAUUGAAUAUCGCUACCUGGGGUGCAGGUGUCAGACCUUGGACUCUUGGAGCAGGUGGGCCUGACGCUCCUGUUCAGGACUUUAGCGAUGGUCUCCUUGAGGUGUUUUGCCUGGUAUCUUCCUUCCACAUAGCCCAGUUACAAAUGGGAUUGAGUGAACCGAUCAGACUGGGUCAGUGCUCUAAACUCAAGAUACUUCUAAAAGGAACAGCACCCAUGCAGGUUGACGGAGAGCCAUGGGAGCAGUCUCCUGGCAAUCUCUUCAUAACCUAUAGUCACCAAGCAACCGUUCUUAAGCGUGAUUAAAGAAGCUCUUUGUUUCUGUGACAAUAAGGAAGCUGGCUUCAGACCUCUGGAGCCCACUGAUAGAAAAUAUUAGCAGAUACAUAGCACUGUAAUCCAUCAUUAGAGCGCAUUUGUCGCGCAGGCUCGCCCUCAGGUGACGUUCACGUUCUUAGCCAUCACCUUAGAUGUUGGAUGGUGGUUACUACAGAGUAGGGUCGUGUCGUUUACAACCCCCUUGUUUCCAGUAAGGAAGUUGUUGUCGUCUAUUUCCCUCAUAAUGCCAGCUUGUCUCGUAUACGCGAUCGAACAGCUGUAAGAAUGUGUUCUUUGUCUUGAUGUAAUUUGUUUUUGACUCAGGCAUAAUAGAAGAGAAACGUAUACCAUUGUUGGUGUGACCACAGAUUCCUUUUGUUUACAUCUUGUGCUCCAAUGGAGGAUAAAGAUUUUGUGUGACCAAGUCUUUCAUCUCAUGCUGUAAGAAUUUAUUUUGGUUACAUUGUAACUUGCUUACUUUACUUUGAAGUUCCCAGCAAUCUAGUUAAGUACAUCAUGAACAGAUAAUGAAAACCUCUACAUCAUUCCGUUUAAAAAACAAUUCUUUGCAAGGAUUGUAUGUAUACCUAACAAUCCUGUCUGUGUUAUUAGUAUGUUUUAGCACUGUAAUUGUACACGAUUUGAAACAGUACAGUACUCUUUAAUUGAUUGUGCAGGAUUUGAGACAGUACAGUACUCUUUAAUAGAUUGUUAUACAGUUGUCAUAUUUUAGAAAAUGGAAAUUAGUAGAAAUGUUUAAAGAGAGGGGAGAACAAAGUGAUACUUUAGUUUUUGCCAAUGGGAUUUAACAGUAAUGUAAAUCACUCUUUGAGAUUUCAGACAUUAGUGACUGAGUCUAGAAAAAUAAAUGUUACUUUUAUGUCCAUAUAUAUGAGCAAAAAAGUACUCAUAAUGAUAAAUACAUAGCUUGAAAUUCCUGAUAAUGUUUCUUUGAAUUAAAUUGAACUUUCCUUGAGAAAGAAUUGACCAAAUAUUGAUGUUACCAAAUAUACAGUUCUGUAAGUAUA